CAGUUUGAAACCGUUUGGGAGCGUAAAGUAGCAACAAGUGAAGGAACAGCGCACAAUCACAGCUGCAGAUCACACUCUGCGAAGACAUUAUUAUCAUUCAAAAUGAUUUAGUGCUCAAUAACUGUUAACCGUAGACUUACGUUUACAUCAACACUGACGUUUACAUUAGCCGUUUAUACAAGCCUAUCGCAGAAGUAGCGCUUCUCAGUAUUUGUGAAUGACUUCUGCUAACUGGAGCAACAUGAGUGAACAGGACUGCUUUGGGAUUCUGGAUUCUGAGUUUGAUCAUUACCUUGUGGACAUGAAGCCAUAUGUGCUCAAACUGACUGACAAGACAGAUCGGCAACGGUGUGCACUGUGGAUUAAAAAGUUGUGUGAUCUUGAGACCUGUGGCUCUGGACUGACUGGAAGGAAAAAUCGUAACAUGUACGCCCGGCUCCUUCUGCACAUGCUCAGAAAAGGAGUUUUAGAGGGUCCCUUUACCCACAGACCUGAAGGAGGCAGCCUAAAGACUUUACCUACGUACAUGUCCAUUUAUUUUGAUGAGCCGUUGCUGACAAAGUCACAGGAGCAGGGAUCUGCAGUGCUGCCAGACUGGGUGUCUGAGUUGGGUCAGACUGAUGGCUCAUGGUCCACCUCACCCCUCUCAAACACACACAGGAAGAGGAAUUUGUUCAGUAGUAAGUCACCAACCAGACCCCUGUCCUCAAGUCCCAUCAAACGCGAUACCAAGGAUGAUGUCAAGAUGGCGGAGGCACACAGGAGGCCGCCCAUCUCCUCUGAUGAUAGUGACUUUGAGGCUCGCUUCAACAGCUGGAACCUGGGGAUAGAAAACCCCAGAUAUCUGCGUGAAAACCCUAUCCCACUGUCUCCGAUUUACAACAAAUCAAGUCUUGGAAAAAACAGCACCGUUUAUGAUGAGGCCACCCCAGUUAAAGCUGAUAAGGAGAUUGAGGUGAGGACUAAAGUCUUGGAGGUCAAACAUCAAGAGGAUACACUGAGGAUGCAGCAGAAACAUGAUGCAGAGAUUCAAAAGAUUUUGGACCGCAAGAAUGGUGAGAUUGAUGAGCUGAAGAGCAUGUAUCGUGGGAAGCAGAAGGAGGGGGAGGAAACGAUUCGGAGGCUGGAGAAGAGAGUUCAAAGCCUGCUGCGAGAGUCCCAGGUCAUCCAACAGACCAAACAGAAACAGAUCAGCGAGCUGAAGAAAAUGUCUGAUCAAAGUGCUGAGUCUCUGAAAAACGAAUGGGAGAAGAAGUUGUAUGCUGCAGUGGCGGAGAUGGAACAAGAAAAGUUUGACAUGCAGAAGAAGCACACAGAUGACAUCCAGGAGCUGCUGGAGGACACCAAUCAACGGCUCGCCAAGAUGGAGGCCGAGUACAGCAGCCAGAUGCAGGCCACAGAGCAGAUGCUGCCUGAGCUGGAGACUCGGGUGAAGCAGCUCUCAGUGGAGGUGGAGAAUGGGAACCUGCUCCGGCAGAAGGUCACUCAGGAGAAAGUCGAGUUAGAGAUUCAUAUCGCCUCCAUCAGCGCUGAGCUUCAAGAGGCCAACCACAGGAGCAUAUCCCUGCAGAGGGAGAUGGAGCAGAUGAGAGAACAGCAUGAAGACGCGCUGCAGAAACUUCAGACCAGACAUAAUGCUGACAUGAGCCACUUCCAGCAGGAGCAUGCCCUCUCUGCAGCCAAGGCAUCGGAGGUGAUUGAAGAUUUGGAGCAGACUGUGAUUCACCUCAAACUGCAAAUCCAGGAAGCUGAAAACAGGAGACAAAAACAGCUCAGGGACCAAGAGAAUAAGUUGCAGCAAGAGAUAACUGACCUACAAAAUAUCACUGACAAAAAGCUGCAGACACUUCAGGCCGAGCUGGAAAAGGAGAGAGCCAACAGCAAGAGGAAGAUGAGCAAGAUGGAGAACUCACUCAGGGAUAAAGAGGAGCAGCUGGUUCGUCUUCGGGACAGUCAGAGGCUUCAGGCCCAGCAGGCUGAGAGUGCACUGGAGAACUUUAAGAAGCAGGUGGAGCUCAGCUCAGAGAAGACCUACGCUGACAUGAAGCAACAGAUGGAGAAAGUAGAGGCCGAUCUGAUUCGCUCUAAGUCUCUACGAGAAAAGCAGUCUAAAGAGUUCAGUUACCAGUUGGAGGAGCUGCAGCGAAGAUAUGAGCAGCAGAUUGUGGAACUGAAACUGCAGCAUGAACAGGAGCGGACGCACCUACUCCAGACACACAAUGCUGAGAAGGACAGCUUGGUCCAGGACCACCAGCGGGAAAUCGAUAGUUUGGACAAGCAUGCGAGGGCCGCCAUGGUCCAGCAGCAAACGCAAACCCAGGAGUGGAGGAAGCGCGAUGCUCAGACCAUCUCGGAUCUGGAGGUCCAGGUGCAUUCCCUGAGGAAGGAGCUGUUGGCAGCCCACAGUCAGAGGAAACAGCAGCUGGCGGAGUUGGGUGUGCUACGGGAGGAGGAGCGACAGCGGGCCACUCGAGACCAGCAAGCAGCUCUGGACCGUCUGCGGGCCGAGAUGGAUCUGGUGCGGCAGGACCUGGAAAGAACCCACAAGGCUGAAAGAGAGAUGGCCCAAGAGAAGACCAACAGCAGGUUGAAGCAUCUUGAGAAGGAAUAUAAUCAGAAGCUGGCCAAGUCUGCACAGGUGAUAGCUGAGCUGCAGACGUCUCUGAGCAGCGUCAAGGAAGACAGCCGGCAGGCGCAGGAGAGUCUAGAAAGACAGCUACAGGAAGCACAGGGCCGUUGGGAUGAAGAGAGGAGACAGAUCAACAGAGAUGCUGACCAAACCAGCAAGGUUCUUCAAGAACGUGUUGAGGCUCUGCAGAGACAGCUGCAUGCCGUUGAGAAGAAGUUGAUGAGCCGCGAGCUGGAAUACCAGGAGCAGAUCACACACAUCCGUCAGGAGUGUGAGUCGAAGAUCAAAGGCCUGAUUCCCGCAGAGCUGCAGCAGGAGCUGGAGGACACCAUCACCUCACUGAAGUCACAGGUCAGCUUCCUGCAGAAGAGGGCGUCAGUCUUACAGGAGCAGCUAGAUGCUAGUCACAUCAGGAGGUAGUGGAUGUGUCAGGCCAUUCAUUUAUGUCCUCUUGCAGACUUGUAAGGCAAACCCUUCCUGAUACACAUGCGACCAUCCUCAUCCUGGCUCAACGCUGUAUUCAUGCUGCAUUUGUCUGAUGUGACACUUUUUAAGCCAUAUUUAUGUACCAAGUCAUUGUAUUUAUUUUGUUUUAGUUGUUGUUGUUGCAUUCAUUGCUAAUUAUAAUGUUUGUCUGUGAAAAACAUCAUUAGUUUUUUUUUAUUAUUAUCAUUAUAAUUAGCAUUAUUAUUACAUUUGUUGAAUGACAUAAAUUACAUUGUUUCACAAA